AUGGCACAGGCACGAGCGUUGCUGGGUACACUCAAGCAGCGCAUCAGCGCCUUUAUAGCACUGUCAAUACUGCUCCUUCUGAUGCUGCGGUACCAAGAGAAACCACCCGCGACAUUGUCGAGCAUCGUGACGACGGGGCCGGCACAGCAACAGCAACUCUCGCCCACCAUUGACCUCUCAUCACCAGCGUCGCCCUUUAUCGCCUUUCCGCUGGCCCGCGUCUGCGCCGAGGCCAGCCCCGCGGUGCCGGGCCUCGUCUUCCUGUGCGACAACAAUAGCGGCGGGCCGGGCAAUAUCCGCAACUACAUACUCACGUGCGUGCGCUACGCCGUCGAGGCCGGGGCCACGGCCCUGGUGAUGCCGCGCAUCCGCGCCCGCUCCGCCGUCGACUUGUCCAAUAUCCACCUGGGCCACCGCGAGUUUGGGUACCUGUUUGACGAGGCGCACUUUCGCGCCGCCCUUGCCGCCGCCUGCCCGUGUCUGGCGCUGUGGGACCGCCUCGAGGACGUGCCGCACGUGCUGGCCAAGGUUGAGCGCGAGGGCUUGUACGAUGUCGAGAAAAUGGUUGAGCGCGUGACGCCCCGGCAGCAGUUUGGGCGUCGCGCGGGCUGCGACCAGCGCGACCUCAAUCGCCACACGGAUCGGUUCGGCCAGCGGUUCCGGGAUUGGCUCGAGGCGUCGGCCGCGGAGAGGGGCCUGGCACCCUUGACGCACGAGAGUCCGCGACUGAUUCGUUUGAACUGGGGCGUACUGUGGGAUUGGGAGGUGCUACGAGACGGGCCCGAGUUUGUUGGCACCUUUGGCAGCUUACUGCGCUUCCGUGCAGAUCUAAUAGAACUGGCGGGCGCCGUAGUGGCAGCACUGAGACGGGAGGCACUUGCUGUAUCCGCGCUCCAGGGUGGUCGCAAUGAUAGUUUUCUCGGCGUUCACCUCCGAACGGAAGAGGACGCUCUAAAGGAGUGGCCAAGUUUUGACAUGCAGGCUGAAGGGUAUAUGAGCGAGGCCAUUAGGCAAGGCUAUCGGGGAGGAUUGGCGUACCUGGCCUCUGGCAGCGAAACGGAAUCGCACAAGUUCAAAGACCGAGCUCGAAGUGCAGCACAGAUUGAUGUUCGCACAAAGUUCCACCUGCUCCAAGGACUGGAUCUCAUGAAACUCAAAGAGCUCACUUGGGACCAACAGGCAGUCAUUGAUUUCAUCGUGCUCCUUGCGGCUGACUAUUUUGUCGGGGUCAGUCCGAGCAGCUUCAGCAUUAAUGUCGCCUUGAAACGUCAUUUGCGUACUGGAGGCCUAUAUGCGAGGCCAUGGAAGGUUGGUGGCUCUGGCGAUGGACUCAGUCAUUUGGUGGGUGCAUACACAAGAUACUGGGACGAUUGGUUGUUCAUGUAUGACGGCAUGUGGCCAUAG